UCCGGAGGUUCUUCCGUCCGUUGGUUGGGAGUCUGAGUGCUUUCGAGGCUAACAGUUAGCAGGUCCGAGGUGUCACUCACCCACGCUCCUCCGUUGGCUGGCUAUGGUGGAUCUAGGGACUCUGCCUCUGCUGUAAAUGGUCAGUUCACGCGGCAGACCUCGGUGCGUUUGAGGAUUGUCGCAGGGUUUUACAGCAAGUGGUUGUGACAGGCAUCGAUCUUCGGAGAUGAGUACUACGCAGCAGACGAGGGUGGGGAUGGCCGGGGGUGGCCCUCUCGUGCAGGUGCAGGCGAAGCUGAAAGAAGUGGAUUUCAAGGUGAAGCAAUGGCUGAGAAAACAGCCUAUCGGUGUCGAAGUGGCGGCGGUGACAGUCGGAAGUGCUGCCCAGGGAGGAGCUAUUGGUGCUCUCAUGGGAUCCUUCACCCAGGACAUGGCUGCUGGUAUGCCACCCGCUGCUCCUGGAUUGAGCCCGCAAGCUGCUUCUUCUCUGCAGCAAGCCAAAGCUUUCACUGGGGGUCCUAUGAUGCAAGCUCGUAAUUUCGCGGUGAUGACGGGAGUCAAUGCCGGAAUCACUUGCGCGAUGAAGCGACUACGGGGUGGAGUGGAAGAUGUUCAAACUAGUAUGGUAGCUGCUUUUGGAUCAGGAGCAGUAUUUUCUGUCGUGAGUGGAGUUGGCGGAACCAAUGUUGCUGGAAAUGCCCUUACAACUGGCAUUUUCUUUGCUUUGAUUCAGGGUGGAAUAUAUAAGGUUGGCCAAAGUUUUUCUAAGCCUCCUACGGAAGAUCUUCUCUAUUCUCAAGCGAAGAAUAUGCUGAACUCAUUGGGCCUGCAAAAAUAUGAGAAGAACUUCAAGAAGGGAUUACUUACUGACACGACUCUUCCUCUACUGAAUGACAAUGCCCUCAGAGAUGCAAGGAUACCUCCAGGACCUAGACUUCUUAUUCUGGAUCAUGUGAAAAGGAAUCAGCUUGCACCUGUCGUAGCUGGUAAACAAUGAAGCGCGUUGUUGGGAAGGUCACAUGUGAUCGUGAGUGACUGAGUCUUCGCUGUGAGGUGGGAAGGGAUUUCAUUCAAUUUUGGCGGGUUUACUUACUGGAGCAGUUGCGAUCCACCCACAAAUCAAUUUUUUCAUAUAUUCAUAGGAGAAAUAUCGUACAUCAGUACUACUAUGUGAAUGUGUUCUACAAAAGACUGCCUGAUACGCCCACCCUAGUUCUCGUUUAAUAACGAGUCCCUAACUGUAAAUCUUUCUUACAGGCGAACUGUCGCAAGAUGAGUUCAUUGCUCAAAUCUCUGUAGGAAGUUCUUUUGAGCAACGAACAACUUGCAGUGUAGAUCUAGCUUUUUGAUAGGUGAUUUAGUGUGCAACUCAUCCGCAGUUGAAAGCCAAUCUAAUAGCCUGGGAUUCAUGUCCCAGUUUGAUUUAAGAUGUCAAGGUGAGUUUGGGACUGCCAUUCGUCACACCUACAGAGCAUACUCGAGAUAGUCUCUGAGUUGCAGGUGUACGUGAUUUGUGGGGCAAGUGUUAAGAGAGAAAAGAGAAUGUUUUGAAAUGCUUUUGUUCAUCAAUUACUCCGGUCUUUGAAUGA